AUGCCUGCUAUUGGUGGUCAACCCCCGCCAGCACCAUGGCCCGUGCAAGAUAUCAUAUAUGUGGCUAUUGUCGGUCCGGUCAUGCUGGCAGCGUUCUUUGAAUGGGUGCUUUGGCUCGUUGCGUUCUUGUUUUGUCUUGCCAAGGUCUACACGAAAGCAGAUCAUUGGACUGUGAGAUUCCUUGCGGUGGUCAUGAUGAUUCUCUUCACGUUGUUGAGAGCGAUUUUCCUUCCGAUUAUGAUUGUCACUCUUCCUCUGCCAGCACAAAUCACCCGGUACUUUCCGACUCGGGCAGUUUUCAUCUUGCAAUGGUUUGCAUUUUGGUCGUUUGCCGGGCUACUUAUACUGCCGUUCCUCCUUUGCGUCUAUCGACUCGUCACGAACUCGCUUGGAAGGGCAAAGAGGGUAAAACAGGUUCUUGACGACCGUACCGCUCCGAAGACAGUCAUCGUGAUGCCAGUGUACCAAGAAGCACCGGAAGUUCUGAUCAAAGCAAUCGAUUCAGUAGUCGACUGCGACUAUCCAGCGAAUUGUAUCCAUGUUUUCCUGUCCUACGAUGGAGGUGUGGUGGACGAGUCCUAUCUUCAAGUUAUUCACCAUCUAGGGAUCCCGAUAUCUUUAAAGACUUAUCCACAAAGUAUCGACGUGACAUACAAAGGCGCCAGGGUUACUGUGUCUCGAUUCAAGCACGGCGGUAAACGACACUGCCAAAAGCAGACAUUCAAGCUUAUCGAUAAGAUCUACGCAGAAUAUCUUAAGCGUCGUGACGAUCUUUUUGUGCUGUUCAUCGACUCCGAUUGCAUCCUCGACAGGCUGUGUCUGCAGAACUUCAUGUACGACAUGGAGUUAAAGCCGGGAAGUAAGCACAACAUGUUGGCAAUGACGGGAGUGAUCACAUCGACUACAGAGCGAAACUCUCUCAUUACCGUCCUCCAGGAUAUGGAGUAUCUGCACGGCCAAUUGUUCGAGCGUUCUGUUGAAUCGGCGUGCGGCUCCGUGACAUGUCUUCCGGGUGCUCUUACAAUACUUCGAUUCUCUGCCUUUCGGAAGAUGGCUAAAUACUAUUUCGCGGACAAAGCAGAGCAAUGUGAUGACCUUUUCGACUAUGGAAAAUGUCACUUGGGCGAGGACCGCUGGCUCACACAUCUGUUCAUGGUUGGGGCUAAAGAACGCUACCAGAUCCAGCUGUGCACUAGUGCAUUCUGCAAAACAGAAGCCGUCCAGACGUUUGGAAGCCUUCUGAAGCAACGACGCCGGUGGUUUCUUGGCUUUGUCACCAACGAAGUAUGCAUGCUUACCGACAUCAGAAUCUGGAAGCAGUAUCCUCUUCUGUGUCUUGUUCGCUUCAUGCAACACACAAUCCGGACGACUGCCCUUCUCUUUUUCAUCUUGGUGAUCUCCGUUAUAACGACAUCCAACAAAGUCGAGAAUCUCCCCGUGGGCUUCCUUGCGGUGUCGCUUGGCCUGAACUAUUCCCUCAUGCUAUAUUUCGGUGCAAAGCUCAAGCGAUUCAAGGCCUGGCUCUACCCACUGAUGUUUAUACUGAAUCCGUUUUUUAACUGGCUUUACAUGGUAUAUGGGAUUUUCACUGCCGGUCAACGAACGUGGGGAGGGCCACGAGCUGAUGCUGCCGCGGCCGAUAAGCACACUACCCCAGAAGAAGCGGUAGAGCAGGCACGAGCCCAAGGCGAUGAGUUCAAUGUCGAUGUUGGUACUUUUCGGCUAUCUCGAUGCGAAGACAGGGGCGUCCCGGUUCAUCCUUCGGAGAAAAUCGAGGGACGGUUUGCUCCUGCCGCGCAACUCCCAGAGGGUGGUUAUGUCAACGCCUACAACGACUCCGGCGUUACUGUCGCUCAGGCUAUGUCUCCGCUCCCUGGGGUUCCCCGAAUCCAUCUGCAUCCUCGACAGCUCUCUUCGGACUCUGGAUUCACCAUGGACUCGACUAAUCCAAUUUCCAUGCCGCACAGUGUGGAGAGUCUUAUGCACGAAGAUGAACAGAUCAGGCAAUAUCUCGCUCGUAAGGGACAGGGACAGAUUAGCCACACGAGUACGGAGAUGUGUGCCGAUAUGGGCGACUUGGACGGUCCAAGCGAUCCUCGCGCGCCGCAGCAGGGUUUUGAAGCACAGCCUGCCGAAGCAAUGCCGGAGGCGGAUAUUGCCAGCUCAAGACCCCUUUCAACAGAGCGACCGGGAUCCGCGAGAUCUGCACCGAACACCACUCCCGUGAACGGCCCAUCUGGAAGUAACUCUCUUGCUGAGCAUGUCAUUUCAGACUCACAGUCCUCAAACUCUCGACUCUGGAAGGAAAAGAUGCGGUCAAUGGGGCCUGAAGAUAUGGUCUGA